ACAAUCCUCCCUUAUAAAUCUUGAUCUGAGGAUGAACCUUUGUUUUUCUUUAGUGGCAAAAUCGUCAUUUGGCGUUCAAACCCCAAAACUUCUAAUCAUCCCCUUCCCUGAUCCCUCAACUCUGUUAUCUCCUCCUCUCCAAACCCUUCACUCAUGGCUUCCACUCUGCACCAAAGCCUCACCUCCCUCAAACCCUACCGCCCUCCAAACCCAAUCACCACCACUCUCAGACCCACCAGCUACGCUCCCAUACGAUGCGGACCACGGUCCAACCGUGGGCCCCUGAUGAAGGGCCGGAUCCUAAGCAUCGAAGCCAUCAACGCCAUCCAAGCCCUCAAGCGAGCCCACAAGUCCUCCGACCCCACCCAACUCCCAGCCUUCCUCUCCAAAACCCUCACCCGCUUGCUCAAGUCCGACCUCCUCGCUACCCUACGCGAGCUCCUACGCCAGGACCAGUGCGCCCUCGCUCUCCACGCCUUCUCCGCCUUCCGGUCGGAAUACCGGGCCGACCUAUCUCUCUACGCCGACGUGGCAUCCGCCCUUGCGAGGAACGGGAUGGUGGAGGAUAUCGACCGCGUGAUCCGUGACAUGGAGGAGGGAGAUGGCGGCGGUGGGAUACAGUGUGAUGAUAAGGGGCUGAUCAGGUUGUUAAAGGCGGUGAUUGGUGCUGGGAGGAGGGAAUCGACGGUCAGGAUCUACGGGAUGAUGAAGAGGAGUGGAUGGGGGUCGAGCUUUGCGGCGGAUGAGUAUGUGGUUAAGGUUUUGAGUAAAGGGUUGAGGAAGCUUGGGGAGGAGGGUUUGGCUGAUGAGGUUAAAAUGGGAAAUUUGGAGAAGUUAAGAGUUUAGAGAAUGGGGAGUGGUUUUGCAGGUUCUAAUUUGCAAUUAUUUAAAUCGUUUUGUGUAAUUACUUGAAUGCCAUCUUGCACAGAAUGAAUUAAACUCUCACCCGUCGACGGCCA